AUGGGUUCCCGCUGUGCCAAGCUCAGCACGGGCCACGGCCGGGGCCAUGAAUCCACCAUGAAGAAGCUCGUGGCCUGCGUGAGUCAGGAUAACUUCUCCUUGUCGUCAGAGGGAGAGGAAGAGGAGGAAGGAGAGGAAGAGGAGGAAGAGGAGCUCCCGGUACAAGGCAAGCUGCUGCUGAUGGAGGCUGAGCAGCAGGAGGAGGGCGUCGAAGAAGAUCCCGUGGCCCAGCAGAGCCCUGAGCCCAAGCAGAUGCACUCCUGA